UGGAGUGGAGAGGCGAGCGCGCGCGCCACGGCGCCGCACAAUCCCACUUGAUGACGUCGAUCAGUUUCCGCUGUCAGUCAUUCCCCUCCUCGUGCCUCCUCUACUAUCGCUAGAAGAGUCGCUCGGGCGAAAAAAAGUCCGACUGAUCGACCUACGGACUACAAACUUUCUCCUAACACCAAUACCUCGAAGAAAUGGAGCUGGGAUUAUGGAAUUAAAGCAAGGAGCGCUUGCGAUGGAGAUUUUAUUGCUGAAACUGCUGCUUUGUUGUAGUCUGACGGUGAUUCGUGGUUCUCCCUUGCUGCUCUUUGCUAACCGACGGGACGUCCGGCUGGUGGAUGCAGAGGCGGGCCGGACGGAGUCCGCCGUGGUUGUCGGUGAUCUUGAGGAUGCGGCCGCAGUGGACUUUCUCUUCUCGGAGGGCCUGAUAUUCUGGACGGACGUCAGUGAAGAGGCCAUAAAACAGACCUACUACAACCUCUCUACUAUCUCUAUGAAGGAGGCUACACUGGGCAGAGGGCAGACGGUGGUAGUAUCAGGUCUGGAUUCUCCCGAUGGCUUAGCCUGCGACUGGCUCGGACACAAACUCUACUGGACCGACUCUGAGACGAACCGAAUCGAAGUGGCCAACCUGGACGGCACCUCACGUAAGGUGCUCUUCUGGCAAGACCUCGACCAGCCCAGGGCUAUAGCGCUAAACCCUGCUCAUAGGUACAUGUAUUGGACUGACUGGGGGGAGGAGCCAAGAAUAGAAAGGGCGGGAAUGGAUGGCAGCAGUCGGCAAAUCAUUGUCCAAAAACAAAUCUACUGGCCUAAUGGACUGACCAUCGACCUCGAGGAGCAGAAACUCUACUGGGCGGAUGCCAAGCUCAGCUUCAUCCACAGGGCCAACUUGGACGGAACGGCUCGGGAGGCCGUUGUGGAGGGUUCCCUCACUCACCCAUUCGCCCUCACUCUUUAUGAAAAGACGCUCUACUGGACAGACUGGCAGACCCGAUCCAUCCACGCCUGCAACAAAUACACUGGAGAGAAACGGAGAGAAAUUCUCAGCGGCAUUUACUCGCCGAUGGACAUCCAGGUGCUGGGCCAAGAGCGGCAGCCCAACAUUCAAACUCCAUGCAGUGAAAGAAAUGGAGGGUGUUCCCACCUGUGUCUCCUCUCCCCCGUGCAGCCCUUCUAUAGCUGUGCUUGUCCAACUGGGGUUAAACUCAAAGAGGAUGGAAAGACUUGUCGACCAGGGGCGGAACAGGUGCUUUUACUGGCUCGCCGCACCGAUCUUCGGCGGAUAUCCCUGGACUUACCUGACUUCACGGACAUCGUCUUACAAGUCAGUGACAUCCGGCACGCAAUUGCCAUCGACUACGACCCAGUGGAAGGAUAUGUAUACUGGACGGAUGAUGAGGUGAGGGCCAUCCGCCGUGCCCGAAUAGACGGAAGUGACGCCCAGACUUUGGUCACCAAUGAGAUCAACCAUCCCGAUGGAAUUGCGGUGGACUGGGUGGCACGCAACCUCUACUGGACGGACACUGGCACUGACCGCAUUGAGGUGACUAGACUCAAUGGCACUUCUCGACGCAUCCUCAUAUCCGAGAACUUGGACGAGCCACGAGCCAUCGUGUUAGAUCCCAUAAACGGAUACAUGUACUGGACUGACUGGGGAGAGAUGCCCAAGAUUGAACGAGCAAACCUGGAUGGAACAGACAGGGUUGUGCUGCUCAACACCUCCCUUGGUUGGCCCAAUGGUUUGGCCAUUGACUACAUCGCAGGAAAGCUUUACUGGGGCGAUGCCAAAACGGACAAAAUUGAGGUCAUAAAUGUGGAUGGCACUAAUAGGAUGAUCAUUCUAGAGGACAAACUACCUCAUAUCUUUGUUACGCUGCUGGGAGAGUAUAUCUACUGGACGGAUUGGCAGAGGAGGAGCAUCGAAAGAGUUCACAUCGCCAACGCCACCCGUGAGGUCAUCGUCGAGCAGCUCCCUGACCUCAUGGGUCUCAAAGCCACAAAAGUCUCCGAGACCUUUGGCACUAACGGCUGUGCGGAAAACAACGGCGGCUGCAGUCACCUGUGUUUCCAUCGGCCUCAGGGUCUGAGCUGCGCCUGCCCCAUGGGCUUGGAGUUGCUGAGUGACCUGCGCACUUGUGUGGUGCCAGAAGCGUUCCUGCUCUUCACCAACCGCGCUGACAUACGCAGCAUCUCUCUGGGCACCAACAGCAACGACGUGCCCAUCCCGCUCACCGGGGUCAAGGAGGUCUCCGCACUGGACUUUGAUGUUUUGGAAAACAGGAUCUACUGGACCGAUGUCAUCACCAAGACUAUCAGCAGAGCCUUCAUGAAUGGCAGUUCGGUGGAACCGGUCAUUGAGUUUGGCCUGGACUAUCCUGAGGGAAUGGCUGUGGACUGGAUGGGUCGAAACCUCUACUGGGCUGAUACUGGCACCAACCGUAUUGAAGUGGCCCGUCUGGAUGGCCAGUACCGACAAGUGCUGGUCUGCAAAGACCUGGAUAACCCUCGCUCUCUUGCUCUGGAUCCUGCCAAUGGGUACAUGUACUGGACUGAAUGGGGAGGUCGACCCAGGAUAGCUCGAGCUCACAUGGACGGCAGUAACAUUGUGACUUUGGUGGACAAAGUGGGCCGAGCCAACGGACUCACAAUUGACUUCAUCGACCAGCGACUCUACUGGACAGACCUAGACACCUGCAUGAUUGAGUCGACAAACAUGCAAGGUUUGCAGAGAGAGAUAGUGGCUGAUGAUCUUCCUCAUCCUUUUGGCUUGACUCAGUAUCGUGAUUACAUCUACUGGACCGACUGGAACCUGCGCAGCAUCGAGCGGGCGGACAAACGCAGUGGCUUGAACCGCACAGUGGUGCAAGGGCACCUGGAGUAUGUCAUGGACAUCCUGGUUUUCCACUCCUCCAGACAAGACGGCGCCAACGAGUGUUCGCAGAACAACGGCCAAUGCGCCCACCUCUGCCUAGCAUCACCCUCUGGAGCCCAGUGCCGCUGCGCUUCCCACUACACCCUGGAGGCAAACGGACGCAACUGCAGCUCACCCUCUAGCUUCCUGCUCUUCAGCCAGAAGAGCUCCAUCAGUCGAAUGGUGCUGGGAGAACAGAGUCCAGACAUGAUUCUACCUAUCCACGUUAUGAAGAACUUGCGCGCCAUCAGCUUCGACCCUCUGGAACGCCUGGUCUACUGGGUGGAUGGCCGACAAAACAUUCGUAGGGCCCAAGACGAUGGCAGUCAGGCGUCCACAGUGAUGACCCCAACCAACCUCCACCCAAAGCAGCCUCAUGACUUGAGUCUGGACCCCUACAGUCGCACCGUCUACUGGACCUGCGAGACCACCAACACCAUCAACAUCCAUCGCAUGGACGGCCAUGUGAUUGGGGAAGUCCUGAAGGAUGAUGUGGACAAGCCACGCGCUAUCGUGGUGAACGCUGAGAAAGGAUACAUGUAUUUCACUACUGUCCAGGAUCGCUCGGCUAAAAUCGAAGGUGCAUCUUUGGAUGGGACGGAGCGCGAAUCGCUGUUUACAACCGGUUUGAUCCGCCCUGUGGCACUGGCUUUGGACAACAAGCUGGGCAAACUGUUCUGGGUGGACGCAGACCUGAAACGAAUUGAGAGCAGUGACCUGUCUGGGGCCAAUCGUAUCGUUCUCCAGGACUCCAACAUCCUUCAGCCUGUCGGUCUGACUGUGUUGGGUGAUCACCUGUACUGGAUCGACAAACAGCAGCAGAUGAUCGAAUGUGUGGAUAAGCUGACCGGAGAGAAGAGGACCCGCAUUCAGGGGCGACUCCAGUACCUCACCGGCAUCCAUGCGGUGGAGUACAUGGAGCCAGAGGAGUUUGCGUCCCACCCUUGUUCCCGUGACAACGGAGGUUGCUCCCACAUCUGCAUUGCUAAGGGUGAUGGGACACCACGCUGCUCGUGUCCCAUGCACCUGGUGCUCCUUCAAAAUCUGCUCAGCUGUGGAGAGCCUCCCACCUGCUCUAGCGAGCAGUUCACCUGCGCUACUGGCGAGAUCGACUGCAUCCCCAUGGCGUGGCGCUGUGACGGCAUCGCAGAGUGCGCAGACCACAGCGACGAGAUGAACUGUCCCAUCUGCUCCGAAAUGCAGUUCCAGUGCGACAAAGGCCAAUGCGUGGACGCUCAGCUGCGCUGCAACGGAGAGCCCGACUGCGCGGAUGGCUCUGAUGAACAGGAUUGCGACUCCAUUUGCAUGCCUAAUCAGUUCCGAUGUGGCAACAACCAGUGUAUUCUGAAGAAACAGCAGUGUGACUCCUUCGCAGACUGCACAGACAAAUCUGAUGAGCUUUUCUGCGAUUUCCCUUCGCCCCCCAACGACAUUCCGCGUCACACCAGCACCAUCGGCCCCGUCAUCGGCAUUAUCCUCUCUGUCUUUGUGAUGGGAGGCAUGUGUUUUGUGUGUCAGAGAGUUGUGUGUCGCCAUUACAAGGGCCCCAACGGAGGCUUCCCACACGAAUACAUCAGCGGGACCCCUCACGUGCCUCUCAACUUCAUUGCACCCACAAAUUCACAGCACGGUACUUUUACAGGUAUUUCCUGUGGGAAGUCUAUGAUGAGCUCAGUGAGCCUCAUGGGCAGCAGCAGCAGUGGGGCACCUCUCUACGACAGGAACCAUGUGACGGGAGCAUCAUCCAGUAGCUCUUCCAGCACCAAAGGAGUAUUUUACCCUCAGAUGCUCAACCCUCCUCCAUCACCAGCGACAGAUCGCUCACUUUACAACGCAGAAGUCUUUUAUUCAUCCAACAGCCCAUCGACAACCAGGUCUUACAGGCCGUAUAUGAUGCGAGGGGUCGCGCCCCCCACCACCCCCUGCAGCACAGACGUGUGUGACAGCGACUACACCACCAGCCGCUGGAAAAGCAACAAGUACUACAUGGACCUCAAUUCAGACUCUGACCCCUACCCUCCACCCCCCACCCCGCGCAGCCAGUACAUGUCAGCGGAGGAGAGCUGCCCUCCCUCACCCUCCACCGAACGCAGCUACUUCCACCUGUGCCCUCCGCCCCCCUCGCCCUGCACGGACUCCUCAUGACACCCGGCAAACGGCCACGCUUUGUACAUAGUUUUAAAUAGUUUUAAAAGAAGAAACAAAGAUUUUAUUUUAUUUUCCACACGCUUUGUUCAAGAAACAUUUCAGCUUUUCAGGGAAGAACAGGAAACGGUUUUCCGGAUAUUUUCUUCCUGGAUCAAUGUACAGCGGUUGUGCCAGGACAGUGCUUGCACGAGUGAAUUGUAUUAUGAUAUUUUUUUAAUAAGUGCCCCCCAUAUUGUUACAAGCUCUUCAAUAUGUCAGAAUAUGAACAUAUUGUUUCAAUAUGGUUAUGAUUUAAUCAUCUUUCUUUCUUAAUACCACUUAAAAAGGAGUUUAAAUGCAAACCAAAUUGUCAAAAUAACACCAAAAUCAUCCGCUGCGGAGGAGUUGUACAUAUCUGUAAUUAAGUAAAUAAUUAAUUUUUUUCGUAAUGGCCACGAGGUGGUGUUUUGAUUAUGUUCUAUGUGAAUAUGAUACGAUUCCAAGCAUAUGUUUGGUUUGUCCUGUUUACCAAAAGUGUGUUUGCUGCUAUUGUACAUACAUCUUUUACUGUAAAUAAUGACAAAUGAAAACAGCCAGCUAAAAUGUUUUGUUUAUAUAAUGAGAACUGACCAUAGACCAUUGUAAAAUUGUUAUUAAUCUCUCAUAGCAAAAGAGCUUCGGUUGUGUAUAGUCAUAUCUGAAUCUACAUGUGAAACGCCAUUACUUUGAAGGAGAUAUUGUCUUGUUUAAACUUCCGUUUUAAAGGGGCAGUUCGACUAAAAAUGAAAAUCUUGUGUUUUCGAACCUGCGUGACUGCAUUUUUUCUGUAAAUCAUUAAAGGAGACAUUUAGCAGAAUGUCCAAGCUGCUCUUUUCCAUAAUGAAAGUGGAUGGGGACCAGUCAAAAAAGCAACACAAGACUUUUCCGCUAGAUAGUCUAUCGACUUUCAGUUUUAUUGUAGAGCAGCUUGGACAUUCUGCUAAACGUCUCAUUUUGUGUCCUACAAAAGAAAGAAGGUCAUAAGGGCUUGGGACCACAUGAGGGUGAGUAAAUGAUGACAAAAUGUUCAUAUUAGUGAACUAUCUCUUUAAAGGUCAGAAAGUCACCCACUUUGUAGUGAACUACAUGGAUUUUAUCACAUCUCAUGGACUGAACUCAUUUUAGGUGUUUUGUAAAAAACUAAAAUAAUAAUUAUAGUAAUAAUACAGUAAAACUAAGCUAUGAUUUGAACAAGGAUAUGUGGUUAAUCUUACCAUGAUAAUGUGGUAACAAACUGCGUUUUUAAUGCAAUUUAGAAAAGUGUGUUUUGAAAUUGAAAUUCAGAUUUAUUUCCCCCCAUUUUUUGGUAUAGUUGAAGAAACAAACUCUAUUUUCCUCUUUAAAAAGUUAUUUCAAAAGAGUAGAUUUGUUUUUCAGGUUUAAACAUUGUUGUGUAUGUCUGUUUGAUCAAAACCAUCUUGAAAUAUCUUUUUCUUCUUGCCAAAUUGAGCACUUAUGGAAAUUAGACGUGCAUGUAGAAUUAUAGAUGUAGAAGAAGAUACAAAAUGAGUUUUCCUCUUAACUCGGACUGAUUACAUUAGUUGUGUUAUUACGGUUAGCCAUGCAAAAAGACAUAAAACAGUGUCUUUAAAGGCAAAUAUCAGAUGAAAUAAAAUAGCCAUGCUAGAAAACUCAACAAAGACCAGUUUAGCAGAUGAUGCAGAUUAUGUUUCAAGCUGUUGAUCUCAUUACAUUGCCCUCAAGGUAACAUACUGUUCGUUGUGAAUGUGACUGAAUGGACUUUAUUUGUAUUUUUAUACCACUUUGGCAGGUCAGUGGAUUGACUGAAUCUGUCUGGAUCGCCAUCCACUCACACCGAGGAGCUUUUUGCUUUUUGGUGCACCACCAAUGUCUUUGUUUUGUGUACAAAAAUGCCUCAUAUAAUGCACACUUGUGACAAUUUUUGUAUCAAAAGCAUUUUUAUAUAUAAUAAAGGUUCUAUUUUAAGAAA